AUGCCCAACGAAUAUGGCAAGAUCUUGCUACAACAGAUUGAGCAACAGAGGAGGCAGAAGUUGAGGCAACGAGCUGAAGAACGUGGUCUUCCCGUGCCUCCUGAUGAACAUCCAGGGUCCUUAUCUGCCAGAGGCGCUACGCGUGCAGCAGACUGUAGGGUACUUGCUCCCACAUCUGCAGGAGGUGUCUCUCCGCAUGAGUUUCAAGCAGUACCUCAAGGGGCUAGUCGUACUGAUAAGUCCGCAGAAAGCAAGAAUGAUGACUCGCAGCAGAAUGUUGCGCAACGCACCAUUGAUGUAGCACGGGCUCUAGAAUCUCUUGCAUCUUUAGCACCGCUGCUGGCUCGUCAUGCGUCACCUCCUGCAUCUCAGUCUGGGGCAAUGACAGCUCCUUACAUUCCUUCUGUGGUCCCUGCGCCGCUCAUCAACCAACAGCCUCUCUUACUUCAACCAACUGCACUCGUGCAUCCACAAUUUUACCAACUAGGCUCACAGCCUUCACCUUACCCAUACCAGCACCUUGCUGAAAAGCCUGAUAUGGAGCGAAAAUUCACUUUGCCACUGCGAAGUCCUGGUUUGUCUCAACGAAUUUCCUUCCUAUGCCAGCAAGAAGAACUGCUGAGAGCCACACACAACCCAGAUCAUCUGACAAACGCAGAUGGUUCCGGGGGCAAGGAAAUCUCCGAUGAAGCGGAUUCAUGGUCAGCAAGUGCCUUACGUGACUCUAGUGCGAUCGAUCCUGGUCAGCAGCGCUUGACGGAAGCUAAAAAGCGGUACCAAGAAGACCUGCUUCGUCAGAUGCGGGAACGAGAAGCGGCACGCGAAGAAGAAAAGUCCAGGAGGAAACGUGAAGAUGAAGAGGAAAGGAUCCGUUUGAGUAAGGAGAUAGAACAGGAGAGGCUUCAAAAGGCAGAAGAAGACGCAAGGCAGCUUGUAAAAUCAAAGCAGCUGGCGGCAGCAAAUGUUGCAGCGGCCGGCCGGACGAAACAGCGGGAGUACAAUGAGUUGCGCGACGUUUCUUUAGAUGCUGAGCUGUGCAGCCAAAAUGGGCUGCCGAAAUUUAAGCGGUCCACUUCCAACGAACAGAACACACUGCCAGAGAAUGAACACGCGAUAAAGAAUCUCGAAAGAACCACACUCUUGCAAGAGCCAGCCAAAGAGCCAGAGAAGAGCGAGCACCUGAACGAUAAGCGAAUUCACCAGAUGUCUGUAAAUGGUGUUGAUGUGGAGCGCCUCAUAGUUUUAGGCCUUGAAGCCUUACAAACCGAGGUUCGAAUGCAAACGGAAGAAAUGCGAUUUUUGAGGAAUCAGCAGCGUCAGGUACUUCAACAAAUACAUAAAGGCAACGGAAUCGGAAACGUUUGGUGUGAAUGCGAGCGACAAAACUCCUCGGUACAGGCGGGGGAUCGCUGCCCUCAGCUUUCAAGUUCACACCCACGCAAUUUCCUUUUUAAUAGUGCGAUUCCUGCCCACCAGCGAGAGUUUCAAAAUCGACGUGCUCUAAUUACCUUGAUGUUAAGGAAUGCGGGUGUUUCUGAUCCGGAAGAUUUAGUGCGGCGCCUUGCUGACAGCGGCAUCAUAUUCUUGAACAGCGACGCUGCAUCCUCUGGAGCAGUGCCGAUGAGCACUUUCCCCUGCCAAUUUGCCCACGAAGUGGCUGAUGCAGCAGCGCAAGCAGGAGACGACUCAUCCCUCUGCAACGCAGAAAAAAGUUGGUCUCUUCACCGUAGCCCAGCGAAGCACUCUUUAUCCCGUGGACCCAGCAAAUCCAGCUGUUGUUCACUGAGGGAAAUCACAACGGAAACCCUCCAUCAGCUUACAAAAGACGAGAACUUGCGUGCCAAGCAAGAGAACGGUCCUGGAGAGGAUCCAGAAGAUCGACCCUUACCAACACUUCUGAAAUGUCAACAGCAAUGGGAAGCAAGCCAGCUCUUCUGUCAUGCUGCAAAGCAGUCGCAGUGCUUGGGAGCCCAGCAGGAUGCUGCAGAGACAAAAUGGUCAGGAACCUUAACACAGAGGAGAUUCGUCGACAAUGAAGUGCAAGGUCAAGGGGAGGGAGAGGCACGGCAAUACAGACGUGUCUUGACAAAACAACUUAGCAAGUCUCUUGAAAUGCCAGCUGACCGGAAAUGGAGACUAAACGAAUUGUGCGCCUGCAUAUCUCACUGCUUCCCCCCAACGUCUAGCCAUGGUCCGACCACUUGUGAUCCCGGCACGGACUGCGCUGCAAGAUACAUAUUCAACAGUUAUUGCACCAGCCAGUGCGAGCCUGAGCUUCCAUGCCAAACCAUUAUUCUCCCAUAUACAUCAGAAUGCAUAAAACUACCAUUUGGGCAAAAGCAGCCCAAAGCAGGCGUGCCCAGGCAUUUGGAACCAGUGGCAAAGGAUGGGUGGCCUCCUAGCAGCAAGAUGGAAACCCUUGAAAGGUCGACUGCGCAGACAGAGAUGCCUGAAGAGCAUAUUUGUCAUACCAAGCUAACAAAGGUCGAAGGUGGGAGGGUGUGGGGGGGAAGUGGCGCUGCACAGGAACCAACUGGGUUGACGGGGCACAAGAGCUUUGACACUGGUAUUGCAAGACCUGUGGCGGAGUUUAACCGAAACCAGGUUGAUAGCGUUUUUGAUCAGGUUUGUGCAUCCGAUACCCGUUUAACCUGCGCGGCUUCCAGUGUCAACGCUGCACCUAUAAAAUUUCAGGAGCCACUGGACUUGGAGUGCCAAGUUCUCCCGCAAUUCAGUGCUAGUGAAGCACGUAAUGCGCAAAGUUCCCGGCGUUCCAGAGUCGCAGCCAGCCAUCCACAGGUCCAAGACGGCCCUGUACGCACUUAUUCACUACCUCAUGCUCAGGAGCGUCUCAAAUCGAAACUUUCCUGGGAAGCUGAUACAGCACUCCCAGUCGACGAAGGGUUUCCUGCUCAUUCGCAUGCGAUUAAAGCCCAGUCGAGCGAAUUCGGCCCUCAUCCUUCAGUGCCGUUGCAAGAGCCUCCGCUUGCAGUGUCGGCCCAGCAAGGGGACCACCACAACACGCCGGAGUGUAUUGAAAACUUUAGCCCAAUCCCCGCAACGCCACCUAAUAAACACGCUUUGCCCAGUAAAAAUAACGGCGCACCCCCGGCAGCUGUCUCUAAUGGGAGCAAAUUGUGGAUUAGCAGAGGAUUUGGAGGCAGGCUCGCGAGGAGUAACUCAAGGCCGCGUCAGUAG